AUGGUCGUGCUGGCGUAUGACGCUUCGGAUAAGUCAAAAGCUCCUGAUAUUCCAACCUUUUCAAGCGCUCCCUUUUUUUACGAUCGGACCAAAUACAAUAAUGACGGCGCGCCUGAUUUAAAUCCAGGCUCUUUACUAGCCGAUGCAACCUCUGUUCAGUCUCACUUUAAUCCUUCAGUAUCGUAUUAUUUCCCUCUGGGUGUAUCUGAUUAUCACUAUGGUGAACAUCAUCCUAUGAAGCCUGCGAGAUUAGCACUGACAAAUCGCCUCGUACAUGGAUAUGGACUUCAUAAGUAUAUGAAAGUAUUUUCCCCUCGGUGGGCUACGCGAGAAGAACUUGAAAUGUUUCACGACAGCGACUAUGUCGAUUUUCUUAGCAAGACCACCCCAACCACCCCUAUUUCAGCCGCAUUUACAAGAUUCAAUUUUGCAGACGACUGUCCCGUUUUUGAUGGUAUGUAUGAAUUUUGUCGUGCAUUUGCUGGUGCAUCACUCGCGGGAGCACGCCGUUUAGCCUCAGGUGCUACGGAUAUUGCUAUAAAUUGGACAGGCGGCCUUCAUCAUGCGAAGAAAUUUGAAGCCAGUGGAUUUUGCUAUGUGAACGACAUUGUACUAGCCAUUAUUGAGCUUUUACGAACUUUCCCUCGCGUUCUGUAUAUUGAUAUCGAUAUCCAUCACGGAGAUGGUGUCCAGGAGGCAUUUUACAUGUCAAAUCGCGUAUUGACGGUGUCAUUCCAUAAAUACGGCAAUGACUUCUUUCCUUGUACAGGAGAUAUUACUGAAAUUGGAAUGAACCUCGGCAAGCACUUUUGUUUGAAUGUUCCUUUACAAGAUGGCAUUGAUGAUAGUGCCUACGUGUCACUGUUCAAGAGUGUCAUCGAACCUUGUAUUCAUACAUUCCGACCAAGUGCUAUUGUUCUACAAUGCGGCGCGGACUCUCUUGGUCUUGACCGGUUAGGCUGUUUUAAUUUAAGCAUAUCAGCACAUGGUGAAUGUGUUGCUUUCACAAAAGCUUUUGGGUUGCCUCUGCUAGUUCUUGGUGGUGGCGGGUAUACCAUUCGAAAUGUUGCGCGUUGCUGGACCUACGAAACAUCUGUUCUGACGGGUACGCUUGUACCAGAUGAACUACCACAUACCCCUUACGAUGCUUUCUUUGCACCUACGUAUCGCCUUCAUGAACCUCUUUUGGCACGAGUUGAAAAUCAAAAUACGCGUGCCAGCCUAGAGAAGAUACGUGUACAAAUAUUAGAACAACUCCGAUACCUUCAUGGUGCCCCAAGUGUUCAGAUGGAGGAACUACCACCUGACCUUUCUGGAGGUUGGGUAGAUGAACCAAUUGAAGAGAAUGAUUGA